UGGCGCUGUGACCAAGCCAGCUACCCGGAAGACAAAGAAUAACCCAACAAUUGUACAGACAGCGAACACGAGCGUCGUAAACACGAAAAGUAAUGGAGGAAUCUGACUUGGAUGACAUUUUAGACGACUGGUUUAUAGAAUCUCUGAAAACGUACAAAGACCUUCAUGUGUAUCAGCUGGAGUUUCCCACCACAGUCAUUGAGUGGACGUCAGGGAAAACCAUCUGUGUUGCAGGUGGCAGCUUGACCAAAAAUGACAUUUUGGAACUUUGUUUGCCUCGAAAACUCUUUGCUGAAGAAAAUAAGGGUCUCUGUGCUGAGCGGGAUUUCAAGGUGGUCCACGGUGGUUUUACUCAAGGUCCCGUCAGCGUCCUCAAACACGUCCCAGGAACUAGGUUGGCUGUCACCAGUGAUGGGCUGACCUCAGACCUGCAGGUGUGGGACCUGGGAGGGGAUGACAGCGACGUCAUCACGAGGACGGCGAGCAUCAAGGGGACGCAGAACACCCGGGGAGGACGGGUCAAGAUGGCUGCACCACGCUCAUCAACGCCGGCGGUUCUUCACGGAACUCGGAGUGGUGACGUCCGAAUGACACGUCUGCCGUCAGGACAAAGUGUCUACGAGCGAGCAUCAGACUCUGCGGACCCUCUGAGUUCUUUACACUUCUUGAGCGAGGUGGUCUUCCUAGCCGCCUGCACUAACGGGAAUGUUCACACCAUAGACACCCGCGCGUCCUCUUCCCCUCAGUUGGCCCCUCCCCCCAUGCCCGCCAUCGAUUCUAGCUCUCUCUGGUGGACGGACGCCUCGGCAGGCGCACCAGGCUGCAGGUUGGUGCGCGUGUCCUCAACGGGGCGUGCGGUGGUUUCGGACCUAAGGAGCCCGGCGGGCGUGGUGUGCCAGGCUCAGCUGGAGGUCCAGACACGACUACGACACCACCUCCGGCCAGGUGACGUCACUGUGAGGUGGGCGCCCUCGCUGGAGGACACGGUCUCUGUGUCAGGUUUCGGCGGAGACGUCCAAAUCUACAACUUCGCCACCUGGGGGGCGGAGCCUAAAGAAGGCGAGCCGCUCUUUGAGCAUCGAGGUCACACGGUGUCUGUGCAGCAGACAGACGGUGACAAUCCCGUCGUCGUCACCGCUCACGUCUGGCACCCUGAACAGGCGAGGACGCUCCUGUCGGCCGCUUCUGACGGCUCGUUGCAUGUGUGGGACUGGAUCGACCGAUCGGCCGGGUGACGCCGUCGCACAGGAGUGAUAAAUGACUCAAAGCCUCUCUGCGGAACACGAGCGAUUAAGCUCCCAAGUGGUUAGCACCACUUUCAUUUUUAGAGCAAAGAUCCUUUCGUUUAGUGGAGAGCUCUCAUUGUCUGUCAUUGUGUGAUUGCUAUUAUCCUCCAUUGCUGCCUGAAUAAAGACAACUUCUUGCACAAUGGAGAUCACUGCUGGGCCACGAAGUAAGGAAAGAACGCCUGACGAUCAUUUCAAGUUACAUUCUGACUUUUUACCCUUUUAAAAACUUCUGCAAGUAUGAGAACUACUGAAGGCAGAAAACACUGCAAGUAGAACGCUGCACGUUGGUGCACGUAAAAUAACAUCCCAAACAACAGAAGUUCAAUUUCAUGUUUUUAUAGUUUUCACUCUGGGAAAGAAUGAAGAUCAGACAAGCGGUUGGCUUGAAGCAACACACUCGCACAUGAAUACACGCUGAGGAAGCAGUAGUGAUCAUUCGUUAAUUAAGCUGUGUUUACAUUCUAAUCAAAGCCCUUUUUAGAUUCUUUUAAAACAAAACGACAAAACACGAUGGAAGAAACAAGACUAGUAAGAGGACGUCGUUCCAUAAAGUCAGCCAUGUUUUCUAAGCUGUUUUGGACCUUACAGGCGGAAGGGAUUCCAUUGAUGCUGCAUUCAGGGCCCACACAAGCGGUUUGUUAAACAGCACUCAUUGUUAUCAUUUAGAAAUGCGUUUGAAUGAAGAGAACGUUGGCCUUUUAAGACCACGGCCACUCUUGAGAUGACGUCACAUGACCUUAGUGUGGACGGCCCUGAUGACAACAACAAUAAAAAUAUCAAAACAUCAGAAGGACGAGUGAUCUGGAACAUUGAUUUUCACCAAAUGAUUCAAAAGAAACAAAACCAAAAAAAUCCCUUUCUUCUCCUUUCAUGCACCACUUCAACCCUCAAGUGCGCUGGACUUUCACUUCCUGGUUGAGUGGCGGGUUACACGUCAGCGCGAGGAAGGGCGGCUGGGCAUCUUUGUCGCACAACCAGUGUCCCCAGCGUAGGACAACUCACUUCCUAAUUGAUAGAUGAUAAUCAUCCUGCAACAAAAAUAUUUUAGAUUUGAAAAGUUAAAAACUAAAAAAGACACUACAUGGACAAAAGUAUUGGGACACAGCUCCUAAUGCAUGAAUAGUAGGUUGGACUACAGUCCUUAGUUGUCCCUGAAUCUUCUUUCUACUCUCAGCAAGCUCCAUAAAGGCAGGAGAGUUUGGUGUGGAAGAACAUGAGUGACCUCUCAAAAUCUUGAAGGAAGUCUUAAGAGAAGAAUGGAAGAUGUUAUACAUUCGCGUCCCGUUAUUCUUGGUCUUUGACAACCCUCAAGAAAAAAAAACAAUCCCUAAACCCUUAGAAUGCCUAGUUUUUUAUAUCAAAUGCCUCUUACAUUUA